AAAGCAUGGUUGGAUUAAUAUGCACCCGGAGUAAGUAGAAUAUCUGAGGAUGCUCCGUGGAUCCGUCCUGUCUCCGGACUGGUAUAAGAGUGGAGAGGGUCAAGGUUUACUUGCUCAUCUUGCUCAUCCAACUACAGGAAAUAGACGGUUGUAUGGUAUACUGGAAUAUCCUAAUAUCCCACCUUCUAUAGAAUGUGUAGAGUACAAAGUAUUUUUGGUUGGGGAGACUGGUGUUGGAAAAUCGGCGGUGGCCGGCUGGCUGGCUGGUCUUCCCGCAUGGAACAGACAAGCCGGAGAAAGUCCUGGUUUACGCGUCACGACUGUUUAUUGGCCUGCUAAACUACAAAAUAAUCUUCGUAUAUUCAAGUUGAAUAUCUGGGACACGGGGGCUGGAGCAAUGAAAAAGUACGGACACAUGUAUCCGUCCUGCAAGGACGGAGCACACGGAGUUCUUGUUCUCUUCUCCUUCUCCGACCGGAGUUCUUGGGAGGAGAUACCUGCCCUAGUUCAGAGAACAGUCCUACCUCAAGAUCCGAUAACUCCGAUAGUUGUUGGAAACCGUUUUGGGAAUCUAGCUGAGACAACCGUCUCGGCGGGAGAAAUUGCGGAGUUUGAACAGAACUGGAAUAUUCCGGUUGUUUGUGUGAGAAAUCAAACCAACUCCUCAAAUCCGGGUAGCAUCACGGAGGUUGCAACGGUGCUAAAUACAAUAUGCGAGCAGUUAUGGAUUGCGAACAGAAAACCCAGGCAUGCCAUCAAUCUAUGAACAAUGGACCAAUUAAAUUUGUAAUUCAUUUUCAGUAUUAUAGAAAUAUUCAGUAUUAUUGAAUUCAUGUUAGUGAACAACUUCGAGUGUUCCAAAAAAAUAUUAUAUCCAUUUUCCCUUUUAUGAAAGAUAAUGUAUUCCCACACAUUGCAACCAGUUACUAUGUAUUGUUAUAUGUGUUUUGUAACUAUAUUUUUAUUUUUGUACUUGAAAUAAAGAAAAUAAAUUUU